AUCGCAUAUCUUAAACCUAAGCGAAUGCAAAAACUAAUAGCACAAUAAUUAAAAUAAUACGAAAAGCAAGUUUAAUACGUGAAAAUACUCGUGUGAAAAUAAUUACAUUUGCAUGUAAAUAGCGAAACCGGAUAUGUUAAUUGAGAAACGUUUCGGUUUAAACACACAAACAGCAAAAUAACAGAAAUCCAAUGCUGUUGUUCUUAAAUCUAAGCUUGUACAAGUUCCCACAAUCCCACCCGCGAAAAUGUUCUCCAAAAACCGCCCUCGCAAGUUGGCUGUCAAAGCCGUCAUAGGCCUUAUUGCGACCUUACUUCUAAUCUCAUUCGCAUUAUAUUCAUGGGACUAUAACAAAACCAUCCCUCUGCGGCGCGCUUUACUGCCAUCGCUGUCAUCCAAAAAUGACACUGUUAUUCUCUUUUGGAAUGGAUUUUUCGAUGAUAGCCGUUGGACACUACCCGUGGAUACUCUUCAUGUACAAUGCCCACUUGCCAACUGUACUCUCACAAACCAACACGAGUAUCUGCCAGCGAUCGUUGAUUACACUGCAAUCGUUUUUCACACCGCGCGUCCAUUUUCGUUUCUUAACGGUCGACCGCGUCAACGCACGACCAAUCAAUGGUACGUUUUCUCGCAAUUAGAGUCACCCGAGCACACAUGGCACGAUUUGCAUGGCGAAAGAGAUUUCUAUAAUCUCACAAUGAGCUAUCGCCUGGACUCGGACAUUGUAUGGAGUUAUAACAGCGUGCGAGAGAGGACAACCAAUAGGAUAGUCGCUCCCGUACGCAAUCCUAACUGGCGCACAGUUGAUGUAGGCUGGACCCAAAGCGAUUCAGAUUUGUUGGCGUUAAUUGAACGAAAGAAAAAGCUGGCCGCUUGGUUUGUGUCUAACUGUAAGGUGCCGUCGCAGCGAGAACGCUUGGUGCGAGAAUUGCAGGCUCAUUUGAAGGUCGAUGUGUAUGGGAAGUGUGGUCCGCUGAGGUGUGAACGCUCCGAUAGCAGCUGUUAUGAAAUGCUCGACACUGACUACAAAUUCUACUUUAGUUUUGAGAAUUCGCUAUGCGUCGACUACGUUACGGAGAAGUUCUACAAUGCGCUGCAGCGACAUAUCGUUCCAGUUGUGUACGGUGGAGCAAAUUACGCCAGAUUUGCACCUCCGCAUUCCUACAUAGAUGUUCAGGAUUUUAAAAAUGUUUCAGCACUUGCGGCGUACCUCGUACAUUUGGAUAAUAAUCCGCUGGAGUAUGCGAUGUAUUUUUGGUGGCGCCGCCAUUACACGAUCAUUCCCUACGAUGAUGGCCUGCAAACGUUGCCUUACUGCGAUUUAUGCCAGCGCAUUAUCUCACAUCCGGCUAUUAGACAGACACAAGUCUAUGAAGAUAUAAAUGCAUUUUGGACUCAGGACAUGUGCGAUGUGGUGCCUCGAAUACAAUUUUAGUCUCAUAAAAUUUCUAUUUAUUAUUGUAUAUAACCAGGCGAGAGAAGGCCCACAUUGCCUAGCACAAAUGCAAAAAAGCAGUCGGAGUCAAAGAUCGAUUAAAACCUCGCAUUACACAUUCACUUUACACUUCGGUAGUUCGGCCUAUUUUCCUAUAUGGAAUACUUGUAUGGUGGGCACCAACUCAAAAGGCAAGUUUUUAUGCAUCCCCAGCGCUUCAAGAUCUACCCCAAAUAAAGUACUCGAGGUGCUAGUCAACUUUCUGGCUCUAAAUCUGGUAGGAAGACAUGUGGUCGCCGCUUCAGCGCUUAGACUUAAUUGUAAGACGCUAUGGAAGACCCGGCGGUUAGGCAACGAUUCUAUACUACAUUCUACGAGUAGUUAUAAUCAAGUUCACCUUCGACCGCCUCUUCAAGCCUAACACCUCGUCAAGAAGAGAGUGACAAGCUCAAAGACCAUUGACUCCAAUAAAUUUUCACGCGAAUGGAUCCAAGCUAGAAAAUAAAAUCAGCUAGUUUUUGAAAAGAAUUAGAACUAUAAUCAUCUGUCUGACUUCCGGACUACUGUAGUGUCUACCAGGUGUAGUGUCUUAGCCAUAAAGGAGGUAACUGUGUACCUGAACACAUACUUUUUUCUUGAUUGGUGCGAUAACCGCUUACUCGAUUUUGGCCGAGUUGAACUAAGCGCGCCAGUCGUUUCUUUCUCGUGUCAACCGGCGCCAGUUGGGCACACCAAGUGAAGCCAAGCCUUUCUCCACCUGAUCUUACCAACACAUGGGAGGUAUUCCCCUUCCUGUGCUUCCAUCAGCUAGUACCGCAACGAAUACUUUUAGAUCCGGAGGGUUUGUACCCAUUCUGACGAAAUGACUCAGCCAACGUAGCCGUUGGAUCUUUAUUCACAUAGUGCGUCUAUGUCGUCGUAAAGCUCAUGCAGCUCAUCUUUCCAUCGCCUGCGAUACUCGGCGUCGCCAACGUGGAAAGAUCAAAAAUCUUCCGCAGAAUCUUUCUCUCAAACAUUUCAAGGGACGCUUCAUCGGAAGUUGUCAUCGUCCAAGCUUUUGCGCCAUACGUUAGGACGGGCAUGAUGAGACCCUUGAAGAGUGUUAGUUUUGUUCGUCGAGAGAGGACUUUACUACUCAAGUGCCUACUUAGUCCAAAGUAGCACUUGUUGGCAAGCGAGACUCUACGUUGGAUUUCCAGGUUGGCAUUGUUAUCGGUUUUAGUGCUGGUUCCUAAAUAAACGAAGACUUUUACAACCUCAAAAUCAUAACUACAGUGACAUGGGUGCCGAUACGCGAGUGCACCGACUGCUUGUUUGAUCACAGGAAGUACUUCGUCGUGUCUUCGGUCACCCCCUCCCCCAUUCGCUUUUCUUCUUUAUCCAGUUUGGAAGAAGACAGUACUAACUCCGUGAUUGUUAAGGCCGAUGUUAUCAAUAUCAUCGGUAUACGCCAUCAAUUGUAUGCUCUUAUAAAAAAUUGUGCCUAAGCGAUUAAGUUCUGCGGCUCGCACAAUCUUUUCUAACAUCAGGUUGAGGAGGUCACACGACAGCGAGUCGCUCUGUCUGAAACUUCGUUUGGUAUCAAAUGGCUCGAAGAGGACCUUCCCAAUUCUGACGGCGCUGCAAGUAUUGAGCAUAGGAGCAUAUAGAUAUUGAAGGAAACUACAAGGCCGAUGAGCUAGCAGAAAGGGUACUAACCUUUCACUCCUUGAAAAGAUCGGAAACAUUGGAAUUCUUAUGGCAACGAGCAAAUUAAGAAUAAAAAAUAAUAUUCUCCGGGAGUCCAAUAGGUUAAGAAAAAACUUGUGUUAAAACCAAUCUAACUUGGCCGCAUAUAAAUAAGAAAAUCUCAGGAGAACUGCUCAACCGCUCAAGAGGGAAUAUUCUCACGAAUACUGCAGAAAUUGUAGAGGUGAGGAACAGUAGAACACUUCCUCAGAAUCUCUCCAGCCUUAGCUAGGAGUAGAGCAAGAUUGUUAGGAAAAUAUGUACUCUUUUGACUCUCUCACGGAAAUAUCCGGGAUGAGGUUGGGAUGAAACCUUUUCAACACUUCAUAAGAACGUCUAAAUAGUUAUAUGAUGAAUAAAUACUGAGGUUUACUCAGUGGUACCAUAACGGACUUACGUGGCCUAAGCGAGUUGGCUAUUCUAAACCGACUGCCAUAAAAAACUAACCUAAUCCUACCUAAGCGCCCAACCAGGAUUUUUUUUUCGAGGGGGCUUUUGUAUAGAAUCCUUUUAAAGUUCUAAAAUAACAAAAAUUAUAAUAAAAUAACACAACACAAAAUAUUUUGUUCUUUAUCUAAGAUAUGUUAGUGCAUGUAUACGACUUCUAGUCUUUUGAAAUUCAUCUACAGAAUGAAAGUUGCCAAAUUUAAAUCUUAAGUCUAGUAUAAGCAAAGAAUGUAAACUUAAAACUAAAAACUAAAGUCUAAAUAUAGCUUUGUGAGCAUAAUCAUACAUUCACAUUUAUUGAUAUGUGUAAUUAGUCCCUAAGCAAUAGUUCUUAGUUAACUUAAAAAUAUGUUCACGCUUUAAGUUAAGUGUUUACACUUUAAGUAUUGUUCGUUUGGUUUAAGUUCGUGGCUAACAGCCAUUUUAAAAACGAAUAAAAGCACAGACUGGACAUAGAUGACUAGAUGUGAAACUCUUUUUCUCGUGAGAGCGCUGAAAAAUGUGCAUUUUUUAUAACAUUUUCCAAUAUUGCCACACCGGUAGAAACAUGAAUUGGGUAUUUUGUUAAAUAAAAAUUUGAAAUUUUUAGU